AUGUUUCCUUGCAAGAUUUGGACUAACCGCCUACCAGCGGAGGGACUGUUGCUGCAGUGGCUGCUUCUUCUUUUGCUUCUGAGCACCACUGGGUCCUUCAGAUCUAGAAUUUUUAGGAAGCAUGUGUUUCGCUCCGACCUCAGUACCUCUCCGUACGUCUUGGAUGAUGCUCUCGGGCUCGGUCGGGUGUUCGAUGGGAUUGGCGGGCUGAGCGGAGGCGGGGCAACUUCCCGACUUCUAGUCAAUUAUCCCGAGCCUUAUCGUUCUGAAAUAUUGGAUUAUUUAUUUAAGCCAAACUUUGGUGCUUCUUUACAUAUUCUGAAAGUGGAAAUAGGUGGUGAUGGACAAACAACAGAUGGCACUGAGCCCUCCCAUAUGCACUAUAAAGGCGAUGAGAACUAUUUCCGGGGCUAUGAAUGGUGGCUAAUGAAGGAAGCUAAGAAGAGGAAUCCCAAUAUUAGACUUAUUGGGUUGCCAUGGUCAUUUCCUGGUUGGAUAAGUUCAGGUAAAAGCUGGCCCUAUGAUAGUCCCUCCAUUACUGCUUUAUAUAUUGUGUCUUGGAUAUUGGGUGCUAAGAAACAUCAUGAUUUGGACAUCGAUUAUAUUGGGAUUUGGAAUGAGAGAACAUUUGACACUCAAUAUAUAAAGAUCUUAAGAAAAAUGCUUAAUCAAAAAGACCUGGACAGAGUGAAAAUCAUAGCCAGUGAUAACCUCUGGCAGCCCAUUUCCGUUUCCAUGCUACUUGAUCAUGAACUCUUGGAUGCUGUUGAUGUUAUUGGGGCUCAUUAUCCUGGAACUCAUACUGUACAAGAUGCUUUGAAGACCAAAAAAAUACUCUGGUCUUCUGAAGAUUACAGUACUUUUAAUAAUGAAGUGGGUGGAGGUUGCUGGGCCCGAAUCUUGAAUCAGAAUUAUGUGAAUGGCCAAAUGACUUCCACAAUCGCCUGGAACUUAGUGGCUAGUUACUAUCCGCAACUACCUUUUGGGAGAGAUGGUUUGAUGACUGCUCAGGAGCCUUGGAGUAGCCAUUAUGUAGUAGAGACUCCUAUCUGGAUUUCAGCUCAUACCACUCAGUUUGCUCAACCAGGGUGGCAAUACCUGAAAACAGUUGGACAUUUACUUAAAGGUGGAAGCUACGUAGCUCUUACAGAUGGCUUAGGCAACCUCACUAUUAUCAUUGAAACCAUGACUCAUGAGCAUUCGAAAUGCAUAAGACCACCUCUUCCUUUUUUCCAAGUGUCCGAACAAACUACCACUUUCUCUCUUCAGGGAACCUUUAAAGAGUUAAGAAUGCUACAUGUAUGGUAUUCCAAACUCGGAAAAGAAACUAGGAAUGACUCUUUAUUAUUCAAACAACUACCUCCUCUAAAGAUUACUAAUGGAACAGUUACAUUACAAUUGGGUUUGGAUGAAGUGUAUACUUUAACAACCAUCACUACAGGUCAAAAGGGCAGUCAUCCUACUCCUCCAGAAUCACGGCCAUUUCCAUCUAACUAUGAAGAAAAUUUUAAUAUUCGCAAUCCACCUUUUAGCGAAGCUCCAAAUUUUGCAGAUCAGACAGGUGUAUUCGAAUACUACACCAAUGACCAGGGCACGGAGGACCAUGCCUUCACCUUACGCCAAGUGCUCACUCAGCGACCUAUCACUUGGGCUGAGGAUGCAGAUCAGACCAUCAGUAUUAUAGGAGAUCAUAACUGGAGAGAUUUAAAAAUAACUUGUGAUGUCUACAUGGAGACACCGAUGAUGGGUGGCAUAUUCAUUGCUGGAAGAGUAAAUAAGGGUGGGUCAUUCAUUCGAAGUGCCCAAGGAGUUUUCUUCUGGAUUUUUGCAGAUGGGACUUAUGAAGUUACUAAUGAUCUUAAGAGAAGUAGAAUAAUAAAGAAAGGAAAAGCUAAUGUCAUGGCUGAAAAAUGGUACACUCUCACUCUGAAUAUUAGUGGCUCUUCUGCGUCUGGCAUGCUAAAUAAUAAGCUUCUCUGGAGAGCUCAGCUGAAUCCAUUACCCAGGAAUGGUUGGGCAGCAAUUGGAACGCGUAGCUUUGAGUUUGCACAGUUUGAUAACUUUCAUAUCCAGGCUUAAAAGUUAGAAUUUUUGAAACUCUCAAAUAAUGAUACCUCCCUUCACAUGUAUUUUGAUUUUGGAUUUAGAGUCAAUUCCUCUGGGAUUUUUGAGACAGGAAAACAUUGAAGGAAUUUGUAUUUUCACACUUGACACUAUUACAUAUUUUUUUGAAUUUAAUAUAUUCCAAUUUUUAAAUUUCAUUUCAUAUUUCCCCCUUAAUUUCAGAGUAUUAUAUUACUUCUGUUUCUUAGCACUUUUGUCCUUUAGAUCUUACAAAGAUUUUAUUCUAAUAUUAAGGGAAUUGAGUUUUCUUUCUGGUUUGAAAUUAGUUAUGUUGUAGUAACUAGUAAAAAAAACUUUAAAGAUUUAUUUGCUAUUAUUUAACAUACUCACGUGCAUCACAUCUCAUGAUGAAAAAAAUAACGUCUUAAUCGGAGAGUCUUUUGUUUCUUCCAGGUAAUUUUAUGCAAUGCCCAAGGGAGUCUCAAGAGCAGUGUUUUAUGAAUUACUGUAUCAUUUUCAUCCUUUCAUUCUAUAUGGACAUUUUAAAAAAUGGUAUUGGAAGUAAAGGUGGGACCAUUUCUAAAAUGCCUUAUUAAUGAAUUACCUCCUAAACUUUCUUCAGUCAAUAAUAAAGAACUGAA